AUGGAUCCCAGUAUUCCUGAGCAUUCCUUACAGAGUGUGACUGGAGAGACUCAUGUGUUCAGUAGUUCAGGUGUAAAUGUCACUCUGGCCUGUAUUAAUGCUCGUCAUGACUGCACCUCAACUACAUGGAACUACAACAAACAUAGUUCAUCAGUUGGAGUAGAACUGAUAAAUGGAGGAAAAAAGAAGAAUGACACAGAGAGAGCUGAGAGACUGAGUCUGGGGUCUGAUUGCUCUCUGAACAUCUACAAAACAACAAAAGAUGAUCAUGGACAAUACAACUGCCAACAAUAUGUGAAUGAUUAUAAACAUGGAAGUGAUGCACUGGUUUUACUACAUGUUCUUCAUGUCUCUUCAUCAUCCACACAGACUGAGAUGAGAUCAGGGAGCUCUGUGACUCUCACCUGUCAGUUGUUUACAGUUGAUAACACUUGUGAUAGUUUGUCCCGUACUGAGGAUCUUCAGCUGUUCUGGGUGAAUCAGGCUGGUGCUAAUCUACAGACAGACUCCAGAUAUCAGAUAUUAUUAUCAGGACCCUGUAUCAAGACUCUGACUACAACACUCUUAAAUGAAGAUGACAACACAGAGUUGAGAUGUUUAGCUAAAAUGAAGAAUGAGAUUAAGACCUCAGCCAGAUAUACUGUCAAGUUUAAGGCAUCAACUAAACCAACAAUCAAACCAACAUCUAAAAUAACUUCAAGUCCUACUACAUCAUUAUCUCCUAAACAAGCAUCAACUAAACCAAUAAUCAAACCAACCUCUAAAAUAACUUCAAGUCCUACUGCAGCAUUAUCUUCUAAACAAGCAUCAGCUACAGCAACAACACGGAUCAUACCAACCUCUAAAAAAACUUCAAGUCCUACUGCAUCUUUACCUCCUAAACAAGAUGACGGUGACAAAAAUGACAAUAAUAGAAGCAAUGUUACAGUGACUGUGAUCAUUGCAGUAAUUGCUGUAGUAGUUUUUCUCUUUGCUGUUAUCCUUCUUGUGGUGAUUUGGAAAAAAAGAGCAAAUAGAAGACAAGCUGAUAACCCUGUGGUUGCAGAUACAGAUGACAAUAAUAGAACCAAUGAAACAAUCAACAUUUCCACUAUCGAUCAGAAAGAUGAUGUCACUUAUUCAGAGGUGAUCACUUCCAGUAAAACACAAAUCAUAAAGAACAAUGUUCUUUCUGAUGAUAAUGUGACUUAUGCUGCCCUCAGAGGAGGAGAAGUUGAAGUCCAAGAUAACAGCAGCAUGCUUUAUGCUUCUGUUAACAAAACCCCUCGCAAAUAAAUGAAAAAAUGUCAAAUGACUAAAAGUUAGGUUUUAGUCAAUGUCAUUGUAGAUAUAAAAAUGUAAGUUCUUUUCGCAUAUAAACCUGAGUGGUGAUCUGAUUUUGUUGUGGUUUGACAGGGCUUGUUUAAGUGUCUAUAAAGACAUUUACACUGAUCUGUCAAAUGUCAACCAACACCGUCUUUAUAACCUGACUGUUGGAUUUAGAAUGAAUGAGUUUGCUGAUGUUUGACAGAUCAGUAUGGGUUAACCUUAUAAGGAAAAAUGACAAAUGAGUUAGACUAUAAAUAUGAGAUUAUGAUGUCAGUAUUGUAAUAUAACAUGUAUGACAUGUAUGUUUUGCUUUGCUGAAACUGUCCCUCUGUAACUCCUGUAAAAUCAGGCACAGAUUUGUGUAGUAAAUGCAUGUAAACAGUGACCAAGUAAAAGCAAUCGUCUUUAUUUUGCUCUUUGCUCUGUCACUGCACAGGUUUAGUUUGCUGACUAAAGAGUCUUGAUUAACACUGAUAAACAUUUUACAGAGUAAAAUAAUGAACAUUUAUAUAAUUCUAAGUAAACAAGAUUAAAAUUCUGUUUUUUUAAAUGAAAACACAAAGCUACAGUAAGAUGUGAAAUUCAUCCAUUGUUGUGGAUAUACUUGAGAUGAAUAAAGAUGAUUAAGUAUAUUAUCAA